CAAAAAAGAACACAUUCACCCCAACACAUAACACACACACAAACAGGAAAGCAAGACAAGAUGAGUGAGCUGCAGCUUCACCUAUACCAACCCCAACCCUAUCGGGUCCCACCCUCUCUCGCGCUCUCUCUCGAUCCAGCUCUCACACACCUGCACUGCUCUUCCUGAUGUCUAAAAGCUGGUGGGGCACAAAAACAAAAGGGCAACGUGCCGAUACCUACCUUACCUCACUGUUUCUCUCCGCCUCUUUGGGUCUGUCAUCUUUUCUCUUCCUCUUCCACUUCUCUGUAAAGAAAAGGAGUAUAUGCGAGUCUGAAUACUGCUGCUGGGACGUGUGAAUACAGUUAAAUUCAGAAUCCAGUGUCACUGCUGCAACAAUGACUGGGAUCCGUCGAGCUGCACCGAGCACCUCAUCUAUCCCCACUAAUUUGCCAAGUGCAACAGCCACCCCAGGCGAAAAACAACCUGGAGGCCAGAAUCCCAACAAGUUCAUGAAUGAACUACGCCACAUCCACAUGCCGUCAUGGGCUGUUGCCGCACUUUGUAUCGUGAGCUUGUGUGUUGUGCUGUCGUGUGCUGUAUGUGUGUGGAAAAAGUGCUUGAAAAAGAAGGACAAGGACAAAGAAAAAGAAAAGGACAAGAAAAAGGAAAAAGAGAAGAGCAAGGGAGGUUUUGACACCGAAAUGGAUGGAGGUUACAAUGAGCCCCUGAAAGACCAACUGAACAAAGAAACAGAUCUGUCAGAUAAUGAACCCAAGGAGGAUGAGAAGCUGGGCAGACUACAUUUCACAUUAGAUUACAACUUCACAGAUAAUACGCUGGUGGUCGGCAUUCUGCAGGCCGCAGAGCUUCCUGCGAUGGAUGUGGGAGGCAGUUCUGACCCUUAUGUUAAACUCUAUCUGCUACCGGACAAAAAGAAAAAGUUUGAAACCAAAGUUCAUAGGAAGACUCUGGAACCAAACUUCAAUGAGACUUUUACUUUUAAGGUAGCAUACACUGAGCUGGGCGGGAAGACGCUGGUGAUGACUGUGUACGACUUUGACCGUUUCUCAAAGCAUGAUGCCAUCGGAGCUGUGAAGAUACCGAUGAGCAGUGUGGACUUCAGCCAGUCUCUGCAGGAGUGGAGGGAUCUGCAGAAGGCAGAGAAAGAGGAGAGCGAGCGGCUUGGAGACAUAUGCUUGUCGUUGAGGUAUGUGCCUACUGCAGGGAAGCUGACGGUGGUGAUUCUGGAGGCCAAAAACCUGAAGAAAAUGGAUGUUGGUGGAUUAUCAGACCCUUAUGUGAAGAUCCACUUAAUGCAGAAUGGGAAAAGACUCAAGAAGAAGAAAACAACGAUAAAGAAAAACACUUUGAACCCUUACUACAAUGAAUCUUUCAGCUUUGAAGUCCCAUGUGAACAAAUAGAGAAAGUACAGGUAGCAGUGACUGUUCUGGACUACGAUAAGAUUGGGAAGAAUGACGCCAUCGGUAAGGUGCUGCUGGGUGGUAACAGCACUGGAACUGAGCAACACCAUUGGUCAGACAUGUUGGCUAACCCUCGACGGCCAAUCGCCCAGUGGCAUAGCCUCAAGUCAGAGGAUGAAGUCAAUGCUCUAAUUUCCAACAAGAAGUAAACCUGUGACCCGUCGGCAAUGGAACCCUGCAUUUACCUCAACUACUUCCAAUUUAUGUUCCUUCUUCUCCCCUAAUUCCCCUUAAAAAAAAUGUUAAGCUACUUAACUGAGUAAAUGUACCCAGUGAUACUCUGCUUCACCCUUGACACUAUCCAAGUCACUACUACAGACUUUAAGCUUUCUUCCCUCAGUAACUCCCUGCUCCUGCUUCUACCUUAACUGUUAUUUUAAACAAGGAUGUAUCACUAUGUACAGUGCUAUUAAACCAAAUUAGACUUUUUUAACUUA